CUUCCUGUUUUCUGCAGUGAUAGUGCAUGGCGGCUUAUCCUAACUCUGUUCUGAAGUAAGGUGGGAAAUCUGUCCAAUAAUCCAGCAUCAGUAAGACAGAAAAGGUUGGCAGGCGACAAGGAAUCCACCAUGAAUGGGCAGCUGGACUUAAGUGGCAAGCUGAUCAUCAAAGCUCAGCUUGGAGAGGAUAUUAGGAGAAUUCCUAUUCAUAAUGAAGAUAUCACCUAUGAUGAAUUGGUGCUAAUGAUGCAAAGAGUGUUUAGAGGAAAACUUCUCAGCAAUGAUGAAGUCACAAUAAAAUAUAAAGAUGAAGAUGGAGAUCUGAUAACAAUUUUUGAUAGCUCAGAUCUUUCCUUUGCAAUUCAAUGCAGUAGGAUACUGAAGCUGACAUUGUUUGUGAAUGGACAACCAAGACCCCUAGAAUCUAAUCAGGUGAAAUACCUGCGUCGAGAGCUGAUAGAACUUCGCAAUAAAGUCAAUCGUUUACUGGACUGUUUAGAACCACCAGCUGAACCAGGGCUUUCCACUAAUCUGCCUGAAAGUGAUGCCGUAGAUGGUAGGGAAGAAAAGCCUGCUGCUGCCGACUCUAAUGUUAAGCCAUCUACUCAAGUUAUAGCAGCAAGCAUGUCUGCAUUUGAUCCGUUAAAGAACCAGGAUGAAAUCAGCAAGAAUGUCAUGUCAGCGUUUGGCUUGACAGAUGAUCAGGUGUCAGGACCACCAAGUGCCCCCGCAGAAGAGCGAUCAGGAACACCGGACAGCAUCGCUUCCUCUUCUUCUGCAGCCCAUCCCCCUGGUGUUCAGGCACAGCAGCCACCAUACCCUGGAACACAGCCACAAACUGGACAGGUGGAAGGUCAGAUGUAUCAACAGUACCAACAGCCGGGUUAUCCUGCCCAGCAGCCACAGGCUCAGCCUCAGCAGCAGUACGGUAUGCAGUACCCAGCAGGCUACAGCCAGCAGCAAACCCCCUCGCAGCAAGCCCAGCAGCAGUUCCCGGCCUACAGCCAGCCGGCGGCCCCG